GCAACAAGUGGUGAGUUGCUCGACCAAUGGCUACAGCAUGGGAUGCUCUGGUGGCUUUGAAGAUGCUGCGCUCGACUACAUCACGUCGGAAGGGCUGUGCUUGGAGCAUGAAUAUCCUUACACGUCCGGCGAAGCGAAUGACACCGGCGAGUGCUACGACUCGUGCACCAAGGUCAAGCUCGAAGUGGAGCCGACCGUCCGCGUGAAUGGCGAAGAAGACACGAUCAUGGCAUUGAGCUACCAACCAGUGGCGGUGGCUGUCGAAGCAGGCAACUACGAGUGGAUGAACUACCGCAAAGGCAUCAUCGACCGGUGCCCUGGCGCGAUCUCUGACCAUGCCGUCAUUGCCGUGGGGUACGAUCCCUGGUCGAUCAAGAUCCGCAACUCGUGGGGCACGGAUUGGGGCGAAGACGGAUACAUUCGCUUGCAACGUGGUGGGGAAGGCAAUGGCACGUGCAACGUCGUCGAGUUUGUGUCGUUCCCCAACAUCGGCGGCGUCACGCCCAAGCCAACCCCCGCCCCCACGACCACCACGGCCAAGCCCAAGCCCACGACGACCACCCCCGCGCCCACGACGACCCACAAGCCCGCCCCUCGUCCUGCCGUGUGCGGCUCGUGCACCGAAUGCUUUUACCCGGCCGGAUCCGAGUGCUUGGGCAGCGAGUACAAUCAGGCCUCAUGCGAGUUGUACAGUUCGUCCUACGUCACUGUGUGGUGUGGGUACUAA